AUGAUUCGAGCGGGCGAAACAUGUGCUUGCCCGCUGCAAGAGUUCGGACCAUCCAUGGCUGGGUCCUGUGGAGGCCAGAUAAUUCUAUUUAUGUCUAUAUUGGAGUCCUUUAUUAAAGGUCGAUGUGAUCUUGUGGAUCCCUGUAACAGAGUGGUUGAAAAGGAGCAGUAUGAUGAUAGCUAUGACUUCGUGGUUGUUGGGGGUGGAACAGCAGGUGCCAUUGUUGCUGCUCGAUUAUCGGAAAAUCCGCAAUGGAAGGUUCUUCUCAUAGAAGCAGGCGGCGAGGAACCAUCUCCGUCCUCAGUGCCGGCGUGGGUGACUGCAUUUUGGAAUAAAAACGAUACUGACUGGAACUACAAAACAGAGCCACAAGAAAAAGCCUGCCUGGCUACUGGAGGACGCUGUUCUUGGCAUAGAGGGAAAAUGCUAGGUGGAUGUUCCGUGAUCAACGGCAUGAUGUAUAUGAGAGGUCACGCAGCGGACUAUGACGGAUGGGCAGUGAAUGGCGCACCUGGUUGGUCAUGGUUUGAAGUUAUGCCUUACUUCCUGAGGAGCGAAGACAAUAAGGAGAUAAGCGAGGGCGUCUCUGGACAGUAUCAUAAUACUGGCGGUCCUAUCCCUGUUCAAAGAUUCCGAUAUGCGCCACGCUUCGCUCACGAUGUUGUAUCAGCGGCUAUCGAAUUGGGAUUCACUCCUACGAGCGAUCUUAAUGGAGAGACAACGACGGGCUUUACGAUAGCACAGGCAUUUAACGAUGGCGGUACGAGAUUUAGCACAGCGCGUGCAUAUCUUCGCCCAGCUUCUCACCGAGAAAAUUUAGACGUAAUACUCAACGCUUUAGGGACAAGGGUCAUUAUAGAUCCCCAUACUAAGACUGUUACUGGUGUUGAAUAUAUCAAGAACGGCGAGACCAAAACGGUCGGGGUCACUAAAGAGGCUAUUCUAUCUGGCGGUACAAUGGCUUCUCCACAAAUUCUGCUUCUCUCGGGAGUAGGACCAAAAGAGACUUUAGACAAAUUUAACAUCCCGGUAAUCAAAGAUCUGCCCGGCGUAGGGCAGAACCUUCACAAUCACGUAGGAGUGACACUUGACUUCACCCUAGCGAAGGAGCCAGACCUUCCAGAACUGAAUUGGGAGAGUGCCAUGGAAUAUAUGUUAGAAAGGAAAGGCCCAUUGUCAGGGACAGGAAUGUCUCAGUUGACUGGGAUGAUAAAUUCCCGGUUAGCGCCAGCUGGUGGACGUCACCCUGACAUACAGUAUUUCUUUGGGGGCUACUACGCGGCUUGUGGUGACGGGUCCUUGGGACCAGACGACUUGGAGAAUGCGAAAAAGAGAAAAAUAACUAUAUCAGCAAUUGCCCUUCAACCAAAAAGCCGUGGUUUCUUAACGCUGCGUUCAGGAGACCCAUUUGACCACCCAUUGUUUCACCCUAACUACUUUCAAGAUGAUCACGAUUUGGCAGUAUUGGUUGAGGCUGCAAGGACUGCGUACCGGUUGGCUAAUACUACAAUACUUCGCGAAAAGUACGGCAUGCAUCCCACCGAGAACUAUGGAGAGCAGUGUCCCGGUGGUGGAUUAAACCCCACGGAUGAGUUCUUCAAGUGUUUAGCACAACAUUACACAGCGCCAGAGAAUCACCAGGUUGGGACGUGCAAGAUGGGCUCUAGCGACGACCCUAUGGCUGUUGUUGACCCCACGUUGAAGGUUUAUGGUAUCGAAGGUCUCCGAGUGAUCGACGCUUCAAUAAUGCCAACAGUGCCGUCAGCUAACACAGCAGCACCGGUUGUAAUGGUUGCGGAACGUGGAGCCGAGUUUAUCGUCACUAGACAUCAGAGGUUCAAGAACAGAUUUGGUAGCAAUACGCCUACAAAAGGUGGCGCUACCAGCCAUGACGAUAGGUGGACAUACUACAACUCCAAUAAAGAUAGCAAAUGGAACAAUAGAGAUUGGGUUUUCAACAUGAAUAGGCAAAAUACCCAAAAACCUCAAGACUGGUACAGGCUGAAUAAUGUUUAUCCUACUAGGCAAUCGCACAGAUAA